CCAGAUGCCAUCCCAGUGGCCCUGUGACAGGAGGCUGCUCUGUUCUUCUCUCAGACAAAGUGGUCCCUUUAGGUGCUUCCCAACCACACUGGUCAACAACCCUCAUCCAGCCAGCCAUGUUGAUUCUGAAUUGCUCCUCCAAACUGCAGUUGCUAGAGGGUAUGCUGCGAAGGAACCUGCCUAAGACACUCCCAGUUUGUGGGGCAGUGAUGCACAUCAACCGUGGAAACCCAGCUCAGCAUGAAGUGGUGGUAGACACUUGGCCUGAGUUCAAAGUCGUCCUGACUCGGCCACGUAUGGAGGUGGUGAAAGACUCUAGGGAUUACUACACCAACGUGCAUGCUGCCUUCUACUGGGACAAAGAUGCCUGUCAAGCACUGCUGGAAAACACAGAAGCUAUUGACUGGGGCAGAGCCUUUCAGCUGCAAGGUGGGUCCCCAUACACCUGAUAUUUGUUUUUAAGGGGAAUUUUAGUUCUUUAUUUACUUGUAAGCAUGCAUAAUCA